ACCCUCAAGCAAAGUACUAAAAUUCAAUAUAUUCCUUAUCUGUGAGGUUGAGGAAAAAGAAAAUUAAUGGGUAUUUCGUGGUUCUAUGUUGUUGCAAUUUUACUUUUCAUCACAAACACAGCAACGCUAUGCAGGGGAGGAAUCACCAGCAGUUAUGUUAGGAAGGUAGAAAGCAGUGAGGAUAUGCCUCUUGAUAGCGAUGUCUUUCGCGUCCCUCAUGGCUACAAUGCGCCUCAACAGGUUCAUUUAACGCAAGGGGAUCACGUCGGUAAAGGAGUGAUUGUUUCAUGGGUGACAAUGGAUGAACCUGGCUCAAAUAAAGUAUUAUACUGGGAAUUCAAUAGCAAGAUUAAGCAAAUAGCCAAAGGAACUGUUUCUACCUACAAAUACCAUACAUAUAAUUCUGGCUACAUUCAUCAUUGUACCAUUCAAAACUUGAAGUAUAACACCAAAUACUACUACAUGGUUGGAACUGGGCAUUCAAGACGGACAUUCUGGUUUGUUACUCCUCCACCAGUAGGCCCCGAUGUAUCCUAUACAUUUGGUCUCAUAGGGGAUCUUGGACAGACAUACGACUCAAACAUGACGUUAACUCACUAUGAAAUGAAUCCAACUCAAGGACAAACUGUUUUAUUUGUUGGAGACCUUUCUUACGCAGAUAAGUAUCCAAAUCAUGAUAAUAAUGGAUGGGACACCUGGGGUAGGUUUGUUGAAAGAAGCAAUGCUUAUCAACCUUGGAUUUGGACUGCUGGUAAUCACGAUGUCGAUUUUGCUCCUGAAAUCGGUGAACCAGAACCAUUCAGGCCAUACACAAACCGAUAUCCAGUUCCUUACCAAGCAUCAGGAAGUAGUUCUCCUUUGUGGUACUCAAUCAAGAGGGCUUCUGCAUAUAUCAUCGUUUUAUCAACAUACUCUGCAACUUCUAAAUAUACUCCUCAGUACCGCUGGCUCGAGGCAGAGCUGAAAAAAGUCAAUAGAAAGGAAACUCCAUGGUUAAUUGUUCUUAUGCAUUGCCCAUGGUACAACAGCUACGGCUAUCAUUACAUGGAAGGCGAAACCAUGAGAGUAAUAUAUGAGCCAUGGUUUGUUAAGUACAAAGUAGAUAUGGUUUUUGCAGGUCAUGUUCACGCCUAUGAACGAUCGAAACGUAUAUCGAACAUUGACUACAAAAUUGUGAGUGGGGAAUGUACUCCUGCGAGCAACCCAUCGGCACCUGUCUACAUAACCGUCGGUGAUGGAGGAAAUAUUGAAGGCCUUACCACAAAAAUGACGGAGCCACAGCCUAAGUACUCAGCCUAUCGUGAAUCAAGUUUUGGACAUGCCAUAUUGGAGAUUAAGAAUCGAACUCACGCCUAUUACAGUUGGCAUCGUAAUCAGGAUGGUUUUUCUGCAAAAGCUGAUAGCUUCUUGUUUUUCAAUCGCUAUUGGCACCCAGUUGAUGAAUCUUAUUAAAUGAUCAUUGGUUUAAAUUCCUUUCUUCUAUGUGUUAAGACAUAAAUAAAUUGGAUGUCAUCCUUGUAAUAUUCCAGCCUCUUUAGCGGUUUCUGGAAUGUGUCUAUUGUUAGCGGAGAUGGAUGAUGUCACCGUAUUGUUAUCUGUGUGGUUACUUUUGUAUGAGAUAUAGUCGGUUAAUGUUA